CCGCAAGUUUUAUCAUUUAUCCGUUAUCAUUUAUCCGCGCCUCCGCUCGGUAUUGAGCCGUGAGAUUACAAAUAUUCAUGGUGGCGUUAUUUGUGACCGGCUCGUAUGUAAAUGUGAAGCAGAGUUUAUGUCAAGCUCUUGGGCAUUUGGAUCUGAAGACAAAUUAUUUCAUUGUGAAAAAUGGCUGCGGUGUUCGGCGUUAAAAGUCCUAUGUGGGACCUGAACAAAAGCCAGUAUGACGAAAUCGACGACCUACCUCUCAUGUCUACACCUGGUGUAAUCAUGAUGAUCCUCGCAACUUACCUUCUCUUCGUACUAAAGAUCGGCCCUGACUUUAUGAGAAAACGCGAAGCAUUCAAACUUACCAAAGUUCUGAUAGUUUAUAAUGCUGUCCAAGUUGUCGCUUCAGCGUUUUUAGUACAAUAUUACUUAAGAAGUUUACUACGGACAGGAUUGACUCCACAGAAAUGUUACAUGGGUGAGGAAAGCUAUAGAAAAGAGAUACUUUUAGGGAUUUGGUUUUAUCUCGCUGCUAAAGUAACCGAGCUCCUUGACACAAUCUUCUUUGUGCUCAGAAAGAAGAAUAAUCAAAUUACUUUCCUUCACUUGUACCAUCAUUCAAUCAUGAUGGUUGGCACUUGGGCCCUUUUAAAGUACUGUCCAUCUCAGAAUCUUUUCUUUAUCGGAUUCAUCAAUUCUUUGGUACAUAUAUUUAUGUACACUUAUUACGGACUGGCAGCUUUGGGACCUAAUGUCGCGAAAUAUUUAACGUGGAAAAAACAUAUGACCAAAUUCCAAUUGAUCCAAUUUGUCUCCAUCAUAGUCCAGUACGUAAUCAGCACCCGAAUCUCCGAUUGUCCCCCAACCAAAGGAACUGCGAUCUUCGUUGCUAGUAAUACCUUCGUAUUUCUACUGCUCUUUUUGAACUUCUACCGCCAAAAAUAUAUUCAAAAGAAGCCCAAAACAAAUUGAAUUAUGACAAGUACUAAUUGGUUCUCACAUGUAAUAAAGCAGCUGCAAGUUCAAAAUUCUUGACACUUAAGUCCUGUAAGUAACGAAAAAAAGAAAGUUAAGUACUGUAAGUCCUUUCCUCGUAAAUACCUAUAUUAUGCCCAGUAAUUCAAGU